CAAUAGCAAGAAAUAUGGCCUCUCUUGUAAGGUCGUGGAAACCUCUGUGGAACAAAUUGGUUAGCCAGUGGCCUGGUCACCAACUGCAAACUGCAAAUACCAUUCGUCUUCAGCGAUGUGCAUCAUCUUUAACUUCCCAUCAGAUAAUAUACAAUAAAUUUGGGGAUCCAAGACAAGUGCUUGAAAAGACAGAAGUUCAUCUUCAAACGUCAAUACAGAAAGAUGAAGUUUUGAUUAAGAUGUUAAUGGCUCCCGUGAACCCAUCGGACAUCAACAUGAUAGAAGGAACUUAUUUUAUUCGGCCGCCCUUACCAGCAGUUGUUGGAAAUGAAGGUGUUGGAGAAAUCAUUGGCAAAGGGGAAGCUGUUUCUGACCUCAGCAUUGGUGAUUGGGUUAUCCCAGCAGAUUCGGGAUGGGGCACAUGGAGAAGUUACGCUGUUGCACCAAGAUCAACAGUUUUCAAAGUCGCAAAUGAUAUCCCCGUUGACAGUGCUGCAACCCUACUGGUAAACCCUCCAACUGCAUAUCGCAUGUUGAAAGAUUAUGUAGAUUUGAACCCAGGUGAUAUUGUUAUCCAGAAUGGUGCAAAUAGCGCUGUGGGACAAUGUGUAAUUCAGCUUGCCAAACACUGGAACAUCACAACCAUAAACAUGGUUAGAGAUCGGCCAGACAUAGACCAACUCAUUCACUACCUGAAAGAUCUUGGAGCUGAUCAUGUUGUCACUGAAAAAUUUUGCCGUUCGCCAGAAAUGAAAGAUUUCAUGAAGUCUCUGCCCUCACAACCAAAGCUGGGGUUAAAUUGUGUUGGGGGAUCAAGUUCAACAGAGAUGCUUCGAUAUCUUGGCCAAGGGGCAAAAAUGAUAACAUAUGGAGGGAUGUCACGUAAACCAAUUGUGGUUCCAACAGGUGCUCUUCUUUUCAAAGAAAUAAAACUAGAAGGUUACUGGAACACUGAAUGGAACAAAAGAAACAGAGACAGUCAUGUGCGUGAUGAAAUGUACCAGGACCUCUGUCAGCUGAUACGAGACAAACAUUUCAAGAAUCCGGUCAGUGAUAACAUUCCACUUGAGCUGUAUGACAGAGCUGUUACUGAGUCACUGGAGAGUUUCAAAGGCACUAAAAAGAUUCUUGUGAUGGAUAAGAAUCUGUUGUGAGACUAUUGAUGGUGUUUGACUUGUAAUAUGAAGUUAUCUGAUGGUGCUUGUUAUCUAAAUGUGCAACUGUCAUAACUGAUAAUUUUUGUCAGGUAUGGUUAAGGCUUGGAUGGGCAUCAUUAUGUGUUGUUGGAAUAACAUGUGCUUUGAACACCACAUUGAUUAUCAAACCCCAAUUCACGACUCCUUCCUUUUAAGAGAUCUGAUAUUGUUUUUCACAACUUGCACCAAUACAGAAAUGAAAAGCAUACAGAGCUUUUUAAAUUUCUGGGUAAGUAUUGCAGUUUCAAAUUUGCUGUCAGGAUUGAAACUCAAAUAUGUUUUUGGAUUUAAAUAGAAAGUAUUGUCAGAAUAUACAACAAUAAUCUAAUGUCAAUAAUGUUAUUUAUCUGCAUCAAUCAAUGUAAUAUUUUGUAACUGUUGCAGUUAAGCUUCACAAAGUUCAUCUCAAAUUCUGUAGAUUGUUAUUCUUUCUCAUACCGUACUAUUUUUCCUAAUCAUUUUAUGAAUAAGAUGCCCAUCAUUCAAUUUUUAUUAAAAUCCAUAAUAGUGAUAGCAUUGCCGUAAUGUAUCCGUAUAACCCAGAGUCAUACCCAAGACAAACAUCAAGAGCACAAAUGUGACAUUAUGGUCAGAAAUGGGACCUCCAUUAAUACCGCUCUUUAAUCCUGACCAAAGCCUUCAUUGGCUUCAAUGUGUAUCCUAUUCCCUUAUGAAGUCAUAUGCCAUGUUUAUUGAUUAAAACAAAAUACUUUUGAGAAAAUGUAACCAAACACUUCAGUGAAUAAAUGACAUCAAACAUUCUUAUCGAUCACAUAAUGCUUCCAUUCUCUUUGCUAUAAGCUUUCUGAAAGCAAGUUGGUGAAUAAAAGUGUUCUUGAUACA